AUGCUGCACAGCUUUGGCCAAGUGGACGUCUACAGCUUCGGCAUGUGCAUGCUGGAGCUGGCCACCCUGGAGUACCCCUACAGCGAGUGCAGAUCCAUCCCAGCCAUAUUCCGCAAGGUCUCCCAGGGCAUCCCACCUGCAGGCCUGGGGCGGGUGCAGAGCGGGGAGCUGCGCUCCUUCAUCCAGAUCUGCAUCCAGUUUGACCCGACGCAGCGGCCGGGGGCGCUGGCGCUGCUCAAGCACCCCUUCUUUGACAGCCUGCGCGCCGACGCCUCAGCCUGUAGCACCCCAACCCUGGCCUGGUCAAUAAUGGCCCGGAGCUUCAGCCCAGUGGUCAGCUGCAGCAACCUCUCGGCCCUCGCGCACGGCAGCCACGCGCGCGGUAGCUGCUCCGACGCGUUCGGGGCCGGCGGCGCCGCCGGCAGCGGCGCGUCGACUCCGAAGGCUGGGGGCCACAGGAUCAGCUUGUUUAGCGAACAGGCAGCUCACUAUCCGGGGUGUGAGGGCGCGCGGCGCAUCGCCGAUGGGGUCGGAGGCGAGCAGGUCAAAGAGGGGGCAGACGCGCAUGAGGUGGAGCGGCAGGGGUCGCAGGGGCGGGAGGGGCACCCGAACCUCCGGCAGGCGAGCGAGCAGCAGCGGCGGUCAGUCGCGCACGCGGUCGCGGUGGCGGAGGCGGCGGCGCAGCGGCUGAUGGCCACGGGGGAGGGGGCGGGGGGCGGCGAGGCCUCGGGGAAGCGGCGCGGGAUGACUGUGUGCGUCGCAGCCAUCAUCAACGCGCACGCGGGCGGCGAAGAGGACGAGGAUGACGAGGAUGAGGAGGUGAUCUGCGCCCUGGCCGAUGUCCUGCAGCACGACGACGGCGACGAGGUUGCGAGCGGCAGCGGCUGCGAGGACGACUGCCACAUCAGCGGCCACCUGUGCGGCGACGAGGCGCUCGGCCGCGCCGGGAGCGGCGCGCUUGGGGCCGGGGGCGGCAAGUGGACGUUUGCCCGCGGCCUGCAGAGCACCCUGACCUUCGCGAAGAGGUCGACAACCUGCUGA